CCCCCCCCCUUUUCCAUUUUACACACCCCUAGAUGUAGAGUAUUAAAGUAUUAUCAGUUUCACCCAAAGAAAGUAUUCAUUUUUAAUGAAAUAAUCUUAGCAGUUAAUCAAAAUGAAAAUCUUACUGUCUAUAAAUAACAAUGAAAUGUAACUGUUUUCUGUUAAAGGGGUUUUCCAAAUUUUCCCGCCAAAAAAGCACAUGGCUUUCAACAAAUGUAAACAAAGCAGUCAAUUUGUGAUCAUGGAUAACGGCUUUAAUUAAUUUAAUUUGGAUAUAGAUAUUCAAUGAAAGAAAAUGGUUAAAGUUGUUUUAAAGUACGGUCCUUACCAAAGAUGAAACGGGGUCUAUCACAGCGAAAAGAAAAUACAGGGACUUAAAGGUAUACUGGGGUCCUCUGGUUUUACUGUAGUAACUCAUAAAAUACAGAAUAGAGACGCUUGUCAACUUACAAUUGAUUCUAAAGCUGUCUGGAGUUGUAAUAUUACAACACUUCAAACAGAAAAUGCCUAUUUUACACAAGUGCAGACCAUUACAGUUGAUGAACCACCAGGCAUGCGCGAAGGUGUUCUCGUGUUGUACACGUCGAACGUCUGCAACUACAACAGCAAAUAAUGGAACAAAACCAACACAUUCUAUUAAACCAUUCAGUGAGAUGCCAGAGGCACUAUCAGGACCACGUUUUUUAUCAAUUUUUUAUUUUAUAUAUUUGUAUAUCACAAAAAAGAGCCCAGUAAUGACGUCAUACUACACGAUGAUGAAACAGAGGCACGGUGACAUAUGGAAACAAAACAUCAACAUCGGAAAGGGAGACAACAAAUAUAUUGUUAUGGUCGGUCAUCCAGACUACGCUAAAACAGUAUUCCAAGCACCAGAGACAGAACACAGGAGAUUUAAACUACAAUUAAUAGACCUUUUGACAAAGAAAAACAAUUUUCCAAAAUCUUUGGCGUUACUGGACGGAAAAGAAUGGGAAGAGCAAAGAAAGCCGACACAAGAAAAGAUGUUGCGUCCUGCUGUUGUGGCGAAUUACGUACCUCUAAUUGAAAAAGUUACCAACGAUUUCAUUGAGAAACUAGGAAGGAAAGAAAAAACUGAAGAUUUGUUUACAGAUUUGCUCAACUAUGCGACGGAAAGUGUUGGAAUGUUAUGUUUUAAUAAAAGACUUGGCAGUCUGGAAAAUGAUAAUAAUCUUGUGGCUGUCCAUGUCAGAAAAUUAUUUGAGAUGCUUGGAACCUCAGUUAUGAGACCAAGAAAGAGUCAUAUGUCCCCUGAUUCAAGAUUCUUCAAGGAAUAUGAAAAACACACAUUUGAAUUUGGAAAAAUUGCAAGGGAAAUACUCGAUUCACAGAAAAUAUUUCUUUCUAAAAUGAAAGACGAAGGAAAACUAGAAAAGUAUCUUGAAGAGGAGCCAAACUUCUUGUACUCUCUUUUAUCUGACCCAAGAGUAACAGAGGAGUCAGCGACUAACAUGGUUAUGUCUCUAUUCGGUGCUGGAAUUGAAACGUCCGCCAAUACCCUGACGUUUGUACUAACUGAUUUAAGCCUGUACCCUGACAAACAGAAAAAGCUGUAUGAAGAAAUACAAAGAAUUGUUGGUGAAAGUACAAAUCUAACGAAAGAACAUCUCGCACGGAUGUCUUACUUGAAGGCAUGUGUCAAGGAAAGUCUGAGGAGAACAUUUCCCUUACCUAGUGGUACAGGAAGAUAUUUAGAGACAAAUCUUGAAGUUGGAGGAUAUGAAAUUCCAAAAGAUACCUUAGUUGUUGUUAACAGUGCACUGAUGUGCAAAGACGAAAGAUUUUUUCCACGACCAACAGAAUAUCUUCCAGAAAGAUGGCUUCGAGACACAGAAGGGGAGUUGACCAUCAGUCGAAAUUUCCCAUUUGCAUAUAAUCCUUUCGGUUAUGGACCAAGAAGCUGUUUAGGACAACGAUUUGCAGAAAACGAAAUAUUUAUAGCAGUUACCAAGAUUAUACAGAAUUUUCAAAUAUCAUUGCCUGCUGGAGUUACAGAAGUGAAAUCUCACUACACACUGUUUCGGACACCAUCAGAGAAAGUUACACUUUACUUCAAGAAAAGAUGAACCAAUACUGCAACAGUAGAAACAAUUAAUUGGAUUAUGAAAAGACAUUAACAAAACAGUACAUACAUACAAGACAAUUAAUUUUUCGUUUAUUGCUGACUUUUGUUAAAGAUUGUAUGUUGUCCUCUAGAUGAAUUUGUUUUAAGGAUUGCUGUAUUAUUGACGAAUAUCCCAGAUCUUCUUCUAUUCACGAUUGAUGCGUGUGAAAGUUGAUAUUACAAUGUGAAUUAUUUCGUCAAUUAUGAAAUUAUUCAACUUUAGGUUGUGUAAUUAAUGUAAUCUAUAUAAAAUAUAAAUUUUUAGGUCGAAAUGAAGGCUGAAAUUGACUUUAUCUGCUCUGAGCAGCUGUUUUGGUCCUUUCUUCUACAAGACAUUAUUUAAUGGCUUGCAUAACAUCCGGUGUCAAAUAUUUCAUGCAUUUUAAGGAUGAGAAAAAUAUAACGAUUAAUACAAUAUGGUCGUUUCUGCCAAAUGGGUCGACCGGGUUAAAGUAGGGACAUUGCAAAUUUAGGCAAUGUUUGAUAGAGCCGGAAAUUUUGCCUCGCAGUGGGUAGUGUACGAAUCCCUCGUAAAAUUGUUACAAAGGUUCUUUUACGCGCUAAAAACGUGGCACGCACCCCAUAUGGGUCAUCGAAUUUAACGUCCCCAGUCUGACCAGACGUAAGAUGAUUUUGGAUAAAUGUCAAUGAGACAGUAACCCAACGACGAAAAAAUGGUUUGCCUAUUUCUACCAAUACGCGGCCACCAUUACUAUUUGAAUGUAUAGUUCAAUUAUUAUAAUUGUUAGUCUCUAUAUUACUUGUGAGAUUUUAUUCACAUUUCCUUCAACGAAUGAUAUGUGUUUUCUUUCAAUUCAUUGUAAAUAUGUAACACAUCUACAUUGUUUGAAAAUAUGUUUGAAAAUAUAGAAUUUAUUUGAAUUUAUUUGUAAGAGCUUAAAAAACCGGAAGAUAAGUGAGACUCACUGAGCUUUUCAAAUAUAUUUUGCCAGUACAAAUAAAACUUUAGUUACCAACAUGAUAGUUUUUAAUCUGCAAUGUAAUACCAUGCUUACAGGAUGAUUGCUUUGAUUUAUUAUUAUUUUUUAAAAAUUAAAAUCGUCAUUUUAGGGACGUCAACAGUGAACAUCAAAAUGAUUUGUAUAACACACAGUAAUUUCAAUCUUCCGUUUGCUCUUAAUUUAUAUACAUAAAAAAAUACCAGACAGCAAUGGUUGUACACUAUAACUGAUAUCAAAGAACGUACAUGUAUUUUUACAUUUUUAUUUGAUAAUAAAGGAAAUAUUAAGUUCC